GUGAGUGUUGUGAGCUAAAGAUGAUCUCUGCAAUAAAGCCCUCGGUUUGGUUGCUUGUUCUCUGCUGUCUUUAUCAUGUGUCUGCUGUCUCAUUGGAAAUAGACGAAGACUCAAACGACUGCACAAUAGCAAAAUCAAGUGUUUCGAUAGGAUGUGGGAUAGCCGGGGCUGUUGUUGCACUCGGGAGUAUCUCGGCAUGCGUAGCAACUGCUGGUGCUGCUUGCGGUGCACUCGCGGCUAUUGGUGCGGUGGCAGGAAUUUGUGGAACUGCGACAGGAGAAGUCAACUGCGAAGAAGAUUCAGAUACGGAUAAAAUUAUUAAGCUCCUCGGAAAUAUCAAAUCAGAUAUAGCGGACGUGAGCAGAGACGUUCAGAUAGGAUUUUUUGAUGACAAGUAUGAAAGCGACAUAGAGGCCAUCCAGAACGCAGGAGAGAUGUACGAAAAAUAUGUGAUAAGAGAAAUGAAAAAUGGGUCGCUGACAGAUUCGUUUUAUACGAAUGAAUGGAUACGAAUGAUGGAAACUGAUUACAAAAUGGAAAAUACAUUGAUGGAGAUUGAUGAUAUGAUUACGGGAGAGGGGAAAAGUGGCGUGAAUACUCACUCAUCCAUUUACAAGAUAGCAAGAGAAUACAACCUUUGUUCUCCGGACCUUUACCAUCAUGUUUUCAACCUCCUCACCCAGGGCACAACCCUUAACUUCAUCUACUUGCAAACGUCUUCAAAAGAAGACGUUGACCAAAAUCAUUGGAAUGAUUUUGAGAAGAGAGUUCUUGCCAACGAAAGGAUGUAUGACACAUAUUGCCGUAACAACGUUGCCAUCGAAAGUUUUCGUAUCAAGAUAUCUGACAGAAGUUACGCAAACUCGGGAGGGUCCAUCAGAAUUGGAGUCAAGCAAGGAGAAAAUAGCUGUGAAACAGAUAAAGAAAUAUUUGAUAAACCAAAGAGAAAUGAAGAAAUGACAGAAGAUGACGAGGACAAGUUUGGCUCUUGCUCCGGAAAAUGGUUCCAGCCCCGCCUCAAUGAACAACCCUUAGAAAUCAGAAUCCUGUCAAAUUCUGGCGACGAUGCCUACAUAGACAAAGCAGCGAUCAAGAUUGGGGGAGUUUGGAGGGAGUGGGUCGAUUACCAAGUUAAGAUAAAUAAGCAUGGGGAAGGGAGCACUUGGAAAACUGUUAUUUAUCCAGAAUCAUCCAAAGCUUGCAUCAACGGAGGUAUGUGUGGAUACUGCGAAGAGAACGCCUGCUACAAGGGCGCGGUCGACUACACAGCCAAUAAUGGUUUCAGUAAUGGCUACACAGUCAUUAAGAUUGGCGAGGAGUUGAAGUCUCUCGACGAAAAAUACACCUUGAAAAUGCAGGAAGAUGGAAACUUGGUGCUCUAUUGCAAUGGAACUAAUGCUCUGUGGGCUUCUGAUACGUCGGAUAAGACUGUAGAGGGAGGUCUUCAGUUCCAGUCUGAUGGUAACCUGGUACUCUACAGUCCUGACCGCACAGCACUCUGGAGUCCUAACUCCUACGAUAAGGGAGUCACCAGCAUGGUUCUGCAGGAUGACGGUAACUUGGUUCUCUAUACUGACAACGGAGAAGCUAUAUGGGACUCUGAGACCUAUGAUAAAUGUUAAUUUAAAUCACUCUGAACCAUUUAAUCCUAUGCAUAUUUAACAUUUUUGGGAUUACUUUUCGAAGAUUUUCAAUGCGUAAACAGGUACAUUGAACAAUUAGUUGAUAACUUUCCACUCUUAAAUAUUUUAAAUAAGAGCAUGUGUAAAAUAGCAUAUCGUUUAAGACUUGGAACAAGCUGUUAUUAUAUCGUUAUAUCUAUAAAAUAUUUAAAUAUGAGGGUAGGUUAUUUUGGGCGUGAUGACGCUUUAAAGCAAAGCAAUGGCUUUAAGCAAAAUAAUUCGUUGCCUGACUAGGAUAACAGCAUGGACGUAGAUAUGAUAAAAUAAAUUAAAGGGUUAUAUUUGAAUUUUUGGGAUUUAUGAUUGAAAGUCAUAGGAUCAUGGCGAAGAAAAAAAUAGUCCAGAACCAUUUUUAAAACUAAAGUGCAGUUUUAGCUUGUAUGAACAAUUUUGAACUGGGAAUGUUUACUUUCGGGUUAAGAAAUUACUUAAUUUUUCUUCUUAUCAAAUUGAAGUUUGCGUGGGGAAUGUUAGAAUGUUAAUUUUAAAACCAAAACAUGUAACGUAAAUUUUACUUUUUAAUUAGAAACC